CAUCACCAGCUCGCUGUUUACAUCUCAUGUCUCUGCGUCUGCUGCGUUAUUCCUUCCCAAAAAAAUAAGACGGAAUGGAAAUUCAAAGUGACCGAGAUUAUUUCUUUGGAGACAUUGGCUGCUGGUCUGAGAGGACGGAGGUGCACAAAGCUGCGUCUCAGGGCCAGACGUCCCAGCUGCAGAGUCUGAUCCUCAGCGGAGCUUCAGUCAACGUGGUGGCGGUCGACUCCAUCACCCCGCUGCACGAGGCCUGUCUGCGGGGACAGACUCAGUGUGUCCGCCUGCUGCUGGACGCCGGAGCCCUGGUGGAUGCGAGGAACGUGGACGGCAGCACCCCGCUGUGUGAGGCCUCCUCAGCGGGGAGUCUGGAGUGUGUGAGGCUCCUUCUGGAUCGAGGCGCCAAAUCCAACCCUGCCCUCACCUCCCGAACCCCCUCCCCCCUCCACGAGGCCUGCAUGGGAGGUAAAGAAGACUGCGUGAAGCUCCUGAUCGCCAUGGGUGCAAAUCUGGAGGCGUACGAUAUUUACUACGGGACCCCGCUACAUGUAGCUUGUGCUAACGAACAUACAGACUGUGUGAAAGUGUUGCUCAACGCAGGUGCUAAGGUGAACGCGGCCCGGCUUCACGAGACGCCGCUGCACCACGCUACUAAAAACAAGCAGGUGGAGAUGGUGGAGAUCCUGGUGGAGUUCGGAGCCAACGUCCACGCCAGGGAUCAUCACGACAAGAAACCUGUAGAUUACACAACCCCCGGCUCCCCCUCUGCUACCUGUCUACAGUUUUAUGAGACCACCCCCAUGAACCUGCAGCAGCUCAGCCGGCUGGCUUUGAGGGCGAUGCUGGAAACCAGAGCUCUGGAAGUCAUAGAAAAACUGGACAUACCUAAACUCAUCAUCGGCUACCUGUGCUAUCAGUGAGGAGGAGGAGGAGGAGGAGGAGGGGUUGAGUCGGUAAAAUGUGAAACCUCAAAGAGCUGCUGCACAGAGAAACACAAACUCAAAGGUACCAUUUAAUAUGGGAAUAGGGGAUGAGCACUCUGCUUCUCAAUGUCAAUGAAUGCACAGAAUGAUAAACACACUGCGGUGCUACACUUUACAUUUGAGAAGGUUUUCGGAACAAUGCAGAAAGUCACAUUCACGUCCAACAAAGUUGCAAACUACUACAAUUUCCUCACUCUCUUACGAGCUCUCGCGAGACUUCCUGUCAAGUUCUCAUUGCAAACGCACCUUUCAUGUCGCAAUGAUGACACCUAUUGUCAAUCAUUGGAAACAUAUUAACAACAACACUGACAAUAAACAACAUUGCUCUCUAAACUAACGCAAAGAAAUGUUACAAAAGUCUCCUAACUUCCACUAUUAAAUGACCACGACUGAAUUGUACGCCACAAACACACGGAAGGAUUUCUAAAUGCCAUUAAAUGCACAUUUUCACUAUUUUUCCCAAGUACACAACACAUGCAGUUUACUGAGGUCGCCUUUCAGGACUUUUGGCAGUUUUCACAUCGUUCUCUUUUAGCCGCCAGCAGGCACACUUAGCUUACUCAGCUUUGAAGAGGCCAUCUGUCGGCUCUCAUAUGAAGUUCUGCACCUGCUUACUGUUGGUUUGAUCUUGACCAAGUAUCAAAAGCACAUUUUAUGCUUUCAAACCCUCGUCCAAAUCUUUAAUUUCUGCCCUUUUUUGCCCUGAACGUGCACUGGCUUCACGAUGCUGGCCUGAAUAUACGCAGCUCGUCUGCUGCACUCCAUAAAUAUGCCAAUGUGGCUGUUACACUUUAAUCAAAAUAUAAAUUCCUGGCAACCAAUCUUCCCAUCAUUACAAGUGACUUGUUUUCAUGGUACAAAAAUGCAGCCUGGUUCAUUUUAAUCUCGGCCUGUAAAUAAUCCAGAAGCACAGAUCUGCCCUUCUUCCCAUGGACUGUUCUCUUUAAGUCUUAAAAUAUCCGACCCUGAUACCGACGGGGUUUCUUCUUAUAGCUCCUUAACAGCAGAAGGACUGGAAAAAAGCAGAAUAGAGUAGGGCAGGCAUGCAGGGAAUGUUAUCUCAGAUGAGAAAUGAUCCUUGUUUUGCUUCAGGUUGGUUUCUGUGGAUCUCUCCUGCUGCUCCGUCGGGUUAAACGUAUUUCUUUGUGUCUUAUUCAAGUGAAUAAUAUCUUAAAGUGGACCUAUCAUGCUAUAUUUGAAUAAUAUAGUGUAGGACCAUACCUAUAUAAGGCAUAUUUAUACUUUCUUUUUUCAAAAUACCAAACAGAUC